AUGGUCUCCGCACACCUGCGCCUCACGGCCGCGCUCCCGCUGCUGUCGAGUGCCGUUGAAGCCGUCACGUUCAAGGGCCAGACGAUUGCGGUGGGCGAGAACACCUACUACGUGCCUCCAAAGGUUGUGACGACGCUGCAGGUCGGGGAAGGUCUAGCGCAUGGAGAUGACCUUGUGCCGUUGACUGUGUUUAGGAGCGAUGCUAGGAAUCUGAGUACGGCGGCGGUUCGGGACCUGGUCAAUCUCUACGAAUCUACGGAUGAUGUUUUCAGCACGGCUUUCUUGCAAAAUAUCUACAUCACCUACAACGGCUCCCACAACACCCCACUCCUGGACAUCUCUCCCCCAUCGUCAUGGAAGACCAAAUUCCUCGGCCACGCCGCCGCAUACAGCCCCAAGACCGCAACCAACAGCACAACCGACAUCGCCCCGGGCCCCUACUUCCUCGACACCACCACCGGCGCCGUCCACGAAGCCUACCGCCUCUACUCCGACGUCAUGGGCUCCUUCACGCAAGGCCUCAUUGCCACAGGCAACAACACCUACGACGUCCUCCCCUCCAGCCUGCAAGGCUACGAGUCCCUAACCAUCGGCGUCCCCUCGCGCCUCUACUCCACAAGAACCGCAACCAAACCCCUCGCAGGCGUACGCCUCGGCGUAAAAGACCUCUACGACAUCAAAGGCGUCAAAACCGGCUGCGGCAACCGCGCCUACUACGACCUGUACGCCGCCGCCAACACCACAGCACCAAGCAUCCAGUCCCUCAUCGACGCGGGGGCCGUGAUCGUGGGCAAAAUGAAGACGUCCCAGUUCGCGAACGGCGAGACCGCCACCGCCGACUGGGUCGACUACCACUCGCCCUUUAAUGCGCGCGGCGACGGGUACCAGGAUCCCAGUUCGUCGUCGUCUGGGCCUGGGUCGGGCAUCGGCGCGUACGCCUGGCUGGAUCUCGCGGUUGGGAGCGAUACAGGCGGGUCGAUUCGCAAUCCGGCGCAGGUGAACGGGUGCUUUGGGAAUAGGCCGUCGUUCGACCUCGUCUCGCUGGACGGGGUCAUGCCCAUGUCCCCGGCGCUCGAUACAGCGGGUUUUCUAACUCGGGAUGCAAAGCUGUGGCAGGCUGCGUCGGAGGUCCUCUAUGCGCCUGCGGGUUUGAAGUCGUAUAGCAAGUACCCCAGGUCCAUUCGGACGAUUGACUUCCCGACCGAUGCGAGCACCGAGGCGAAUCGGGUCCUGCUUGCCUUCCUGCACAAGCUCAAGACGUUCCUUGGAAACGCGACCGUCUCGCCACUCGACUACGACGCCCUCUGGGAGGACACCAAACCGCACACCGUGCCCGAGGAUACAACCCUGACUUCCCUCCUGAAUCUCACCUACGGCAUCCUGAUCACAAAGCAGCAGUUUCCGCGUAUUGGCGCGAAGCUCUACGAUGACUAUGCGGCCGCGAAUAACGGCCGCCGCCCCUUCAUCGACCCGGUGCCAUUGAGCCGGUGGAACUGGGGCCUCAGCUACCCAGACUCACAGCUCGACAUCGAGCUAGCGAAUAAAGAGGUCUUCAAGGCGUGGUGGAAUUCCACAGUGCAGGUGUUUGAUGAGGAGACGUGCGCCGAUAGCCUCGUGCUGUACGUUGGCACUGCCGGCACGCCGACGUACCGGAAUGUUUAUCGCGACAUCCCCGGCAUCCCGCUGGGCUUCUCCUCAGCCCGGAUCUCGAAUAUGGCCGGUGUGCCGGAUAUGGUUGUCCCUGUCGGCCAAGCACGCUAUAACUCGACCAUCACGCUGCGCGAGGAGUACCUCCCCGUGGCGGUGGACAUCAUCGCGCCGCAUGGGUGCGAUCUCAUGGUCUUUAGCCUCGUCAAUGAGCUUGUGGAGCGCGGGAUUGUGGGUGAGCCCGGGACGGGGAGUGUGAUGUAUCCUCGGGCUACUGGGGAUGAGAGGAUAUAUUACUAG